GCAGAGCAGAGCGGCGGCCCAGAGUGUUACAGUCUGAGUGGGCCCGGACCUGAAAGGGCCCGGACCUGAAAGGACCCGGACCCAGGUUGGGAGAGCGCGGCUCUCCCCAGUAGCCGAAGAAAGAUAAACCCAGCUCCGACCUCAUAAUCUUGCUAAGAAACUUCGUUUCCAGCAUUGCCCUGAGUCAGUGAGAAAUAAGACAAGCUGCCUUAGGGGGUGCUACCAUCGUAAAAUGGGAAACCACCUUACAGAGAUGGCACCGAAUGCCUCUGUGUUCCUGCCCCACUUCCAGGCCUUGCACGUGGUGGUCAUUGGACUGGACUCAGCAGGAAAGACCUCCCUACUGUACCGGCUCAAAUUCAAGGAGUUUGUCCAGAGUGUACCCACCAAGGGCUUCAAUACAGAGAAGAUCCGAAUGCCUGUGGGAGGGUCUCGGACCAUUACCUUUCAGGUGUGGGAUGUAGGGGGGCAGGAGAAGCUGCGGCCACUGUGGCGAUCCUACACACGGCGAACAGAUGGGAUGGUGUUUGUAGUGGAUGCCACUGAGGCAGAGCGGUUGGAAGAGGCAAAGAUAGAACUCCACCGGAUCAGCCGUGCCUCAGACAACCAAGGUGUGCCUGUGUUGGUGCUGGCCAACAAGCAGGACCAGCCUGGGGCUUUGAGUGCAGCAGAAGUGGAGAAGCGGCUAGCCCUCAAAGAGCUGGCCACUGCCACCCUCACCUACGUCCAGGGCUGCAGUGCAGUGGAUGGACUGGGCCUGCAGCCUGGGCUGGAGAGACUUUAUGAGAUGAUUCUCAAACGAAAGAAAGUGUCUUGGGCUGGAACUGGAAGGAAGAGGUGGUGAAGCCAGAGACCCAUGGUGACCCCACCUAUUCUGGGACACUAGGGACCUAUGUGCCCCUCUGCUCUUCUCACUUAUGAAGGACCAGGAGCCCCUAGCCUCCAGGAAGAACAGAACCAUUGGAAAAGAACCUUCUUUAUACUUGCUUUUUGAAUGCCUUCUGAGGGGUUAGGAUUCUAUAACACCACCUUCCCCCCUCAAUCUCCCAUUAUGUGAAGUGGAGGCUGACAGAGCUGUGGACUCGGAAUUCAAAUGUGACUCUACCUCAUCCCUACUCCUACCUUUCUCCUUCUAGGUUUGAAAAAAAUCAGGAUGGUUUUGUGUGGAAGGGGUGAAGUUUGGAAAAUGGACACAAGGUUAAACUUGAACCCCCCUCCUGAAUUUUAAAUUUUUAGUCUAUAUUUCAAACCCUAAGGGUUUGUUUUCUAAGGACCUCAGUUCACAAUAAAUAGUCUCUAUUUUUUUUUAAUGUGUGUGAAAUUCUCAAGUGAAAUGUCCUUCCCUACCCUGUCCCCCCCUUAAAAAAAGCCAUGUCUGUUCUGUAUUAUUAAUAACAGUAAUUUUUUAGGAUUUGUCUGUAUUAAGUUAUUAAAAUAGUGAAACUGUGGUCUUGGUA